CCACCCAGUGUUGGAUUUACGAACUACUGUAGUAAUUAAUUUGGCCCAACGUGGGCCUUGAAGGGUUGAAAUCCAGCCCCCGCUGGGGGAAGAGGAAGAAGAAGGAUCAAAGCUGAACAUUUCCCUUUGGAAUCCAAGUAAAGAAGUUGCGGAGCUGUUGGGUCAUCUACCAAAGAAAAGGAGAAAUGCAAGGUUGGUUUUCUGGUGGCACCGGGAUCAGCGAAGAACAACCCAAGGCGGGGUCGCCUCUGUUGGCAGAAUGGAACUCGUACGGAGCUUCACGAGACUCAGAAGAGGGAGGAACGAGUGCAUUUGGGUUCAAUAGGGAGGCUGCUGUGGGGUCUGCCAAUGAUACUGUCACUGGCACCUUCAAUGUUUAAGCAUCAUCUUUUUCCCGUUGAUAUUGGGAAAGUUUCUUACCUAAAUUAAAAGUAAAAAGAUCAAGAGAUUAAAAAAAUAUAGUUAAAAUUUUUUU